GUGAAAGUGAGAAUGAAAAUUCGAGCGAAAUUUGGUCAUCAAAGAGAGUUGAUUACGAUUGACUCAGAAGAUGACACGGUGUAUCUCUCAACGCUGAAAGCUGCCAUUAGAGCCAAGUUUCAUUUUGCAAGUGACACUGUGGUCAAUGUUGGCUUGAAUGGGAAGGAUGUUCUGCAAGGUGAUUCAACUCUGGCUCAACUGGGAAUUGUUUCUGGGGACUUGGUCAUUGUUACAACACCUUCCAAUGAUGGAAUACAAAACCAGCCCCUAAUUCCACAGGCUAAUGCGCAGAGUAAUGAUGCAUCCACAAAUAGAUCAAUGCCAAGUUCGAGUACGAGCUCGUCCACGAAUAAAUCAAUGCCAAAUGCAAGUCUGGGCUUGUCCAAAAAAUACAAAGAAUCUGUGAAUAUGGCACAAAAAGAUUCCGAAGGAGGUGGGGUAAAUUUGCAGCGACAGGACGAAGACGGUUUGGCCAUGGAUGUAGAAGAAACUGUUACUGACCCUGAAGUGAAUCGGUAUCUGUCUGAACCAAUGUUAUGUCGAGACUCUACUCGAGAUCAGGUUCCACAGCGGCUGGUGUUGCUGUAUCAAGACGCUGGUGUGCAGAAUGUAGCGGAUGCUCUGUGUGUGGUGCUACACCUCUUGAUGCUGGAGACGGGUUACACGGUAUCGUCAAGUUCAGCCUCUUCCUCAGUAGAUGAUGAUGACUCUAUGAAGAUGCCAAGUGGAUGGAGGUCACCAGGAGCUUACAGACUGCUCUAUCUUCAUAGAAAUAAUCCUAACGUUACUUCCAAAAUUAUUUGUGUGACGCUGGGUAGAAAAAUGGUUAUCCACGGUUGUGCAGAACUCCCUGAUAAAGAAGACUGCAGUCUUCAGCUCCAGAUAAACAUAUAUGAAUAUAUCCAGCAAAGCACUGGAGCAGCACACGAGGCCUACAAAAACUUACCCAAGCUGUCACAGGUCUUCAAAGACAAAAUCAGCUAUCGGUUGAUUGAGGAUUCACGGCAAUUGAUGGAGCUUCCUGCAUUGUCCGGGUUUAGCGGAUUAUUCUCCGAAUUGAAGUUUGCAGUUCUGAAGUAUCUCGACUUUAGAAGUCUUGUGAGAAUGUCCGCGACGUGUAGUGAGUUAAAAACAAUGGCAAGGGGGCGGUCUCUAUGGCGACGAUUGUAUCUUUUGGAAUUUGGCAGGAGAGGUGACGAAUCUCUGCACCAGGAUUGGCUACAGUAUUUCGAGGAAUCAUACAUCCGACGGAAAGAACGCGAGGAGAUGAUCCAUCGCCCUGUAUUUAUACCUGGUCCCCAGCCCUACCCUCAAGGAUGCUUUCGCCCACCUCUACCUUAUGCCCCUGGGGCGCCCACUGGCAUUAUUGGUGGAGAUUAUGACAUAGACCCUUUUGGAUUCCAUGGUCACAUGGUACCAAGACCUUUGGGGCCAUUCCGACCGCCGCGACCAGGUUUUCCUGGAUUGCCGGGCAACAGCCGUCCAUCGCGUGGAACCGGUGGACUAGGUGGAUUUGGACCACGCCCACCUUUUUUCUGAACGCGAAAAUCACAUUCGUGAGAGGUUACAGGAAGUGAAAUCACAGCUUACCAAAUUUCUGUGUAGAAAUAUUCUCACAUUAUAUACAAUGGGCAUUUAAAUCUACACAGUAAAAGUUAAACGGGACGAUUUGAUUGAACUUUCUUUGUUAAAGUUGCAUUUUUUAAACGGUUAACGUCGAAGCGUAUAUCAAUUCAAAGACAUUCACGACUUUCAGUUUGCAUUUAAAAACUUGAUUUGCUGAUGUAAAUAUCAUGAACGGGAUAACGACUUCGUGAUGUUUUGAUUGAUGGGUGGAUAGGAAGAUUUUGCUAAGUGAGGUUGUAAAUGUCAUUAUUGUUAUUUGUAUAUUAAACUAUUUUAUAUAAAAUAAAGCCAUCUUUCAUUUGUCUGUGACUUGUUAGAUAUG